CCGGAACCACGUGCUGGUGACGUCGUUUUGCUGGAAAAACAAAAACAAACCUUCGGUCUUGCGACAUCUUCGUUGUUUAUUUCUCGUCGUUUGUUGUUGUUCUUCUUCGCCUGCAAACAUUUUUAAACCCUCCACGUCUUCAUGGUUGUCCUCCGGGUCCCGCUGCAGCUGUAGUUGACCGGUGGCGGCUCGGUACCGGUAGCGGCUCGGUACCGGUAGCGGCUCGGUUAGCAGCCAUGGCUCAGCAGAGAGGAGUCAACAGUCUCCAGUUCAACCAGGACCAGAGCUGUUUCUGCUGCGCUAUGGAAACCGGAGUCAGGAUCUACAACGUGGAGCCUCUGAUGGAGAAAGGCCACCUGGACCAUGAGCAGGUGGGUAGCGUCGCGCUCUGCUCGAUGCUGCAUCGCUCCAACCUGCUGGCGCUGGUCGGAGGAGGAGUCAACCCCAAGUUCUCAGAAAUAUCAGUGUUGGUCUGGGAUGACGCGCGUGAGUCCAGGGACCCCAAAGACAAACUGGUUCUGGAGUUCACCUUCACAAAACCGGUCCUGGCCGUUCGCAUGAGACACGACAAGAUCAUCAUUGUGUUGAAGAACAGAAUCUACGUUUACAGUUUUCCAGAAAACCCAGUGAAGCUGUUUGAGUUUGACACCAGAGACAAUCCUAAAGGUUUGUGCGACCUGUGUCCCAGUCUGGAGAAACAGCUGCUGGUGUUUCCAGGUCAUAAAUGUGGGAGCCUGCAGCUGGUUGACCUGUCCAACACUAAGCCGGGGACGUCCUCGGCCCCGUUCACCAUCAACGCCCACCAGAGUGAGAUCGCCUGCGUGGCGCUGAACCAGCCGGGCAGCGUGGCGGCGUCGGCGUCCCGCAAAGGGACCCUCAUCCGCCUCUUUGACACCACCACCAGGGACAAACUGGUGGAGCUACGCAGGGGGACGGACCCGGCCACGCUCUACUGCAUCAACUUCAGCCACGACUCGUCCUUCCUUUGUGCCUCCAGCGAUAAAGGCACCGUUCACAUCUUCGCUCUCAAAGACACCAAACUGAACCGGCGCUCAGCGCUGGCGCGUGUCGGGAAGGUGGGUCCAGUGAUCGGCCAGUACGUGGACAGCCAGUGGUCGCUGGCUAGCUUCACGGUUCCAGCCGAGUGCGCCUGUAUCUGCGCCUUCGGAAAGAACACGUCCAAGAACGUCAACUCCGUGAUAGCGAUUUGUGUGGACGGGACCUUCCAUAAGUACGUGUUCACCCCCGAUGGGAACUGUAACCGAGAAGCCUUCGACGUUUACCUGGACAUAUGCGACGACGACGACUUCUGAGGAGCCGCCAUUCUUCUUCUUCUUCUUCUUCUUCUUCUUCUUCCUCUUCUUCUUCUUCACCUUCCUCUUCUUCUUCUUCUUCUGCUGUGGAGACGGAAACAGCAGCGAGAGACUUGAGUUUUAUUAUCGCGUGUUGAAUAUAAAUAGUCUGAAUGUUUAAGCUCAAACGUCAAUAAAGUCAAAUUAAAACUCAUUUGAUAAAAAAAUAAACAGAAUAUAAAGAAAAA